ACAUAGCAUAACACUUUCAGCGUUCUCUUAACACUAUAGGUGAACACUUUAAGAAAGUGUUACGUGCUUUCAUACUACUCGGACAAGAGAAUAUCAAACCUCCAAACUUCAGUCGUUGCCCUAAACAGAUUCUUGAAAAACCGAAGCUCUAUCCUUUCUUCAAGGACUGCAUUGGCGCGAUUGAUGGCACUCAUGUUAGUGCUUCUGUACCUCUAUCCAAACAAAUACCGUACAGAGGAAGGAAAUGAGAUACAACCUGGAAUGUUAUGUGUGCAUGUGACCUUGACAUGAAAUUCACUUUUGUGUACGCUGGUUGGGAGGGUUCUGCAAAUGAUUGUCGAGUAUUCAAUGAGGCAUUGAAUAACCCUAAAUUUGAAUUUCCUCAUCCUCCACCUAGUAAAUAUUAUGUGGUUGAUUCUGGUUAUCCAUCUACUACUGGGUUCUUGACGCUGUUCAAAGGACAAAGAUACCAUCUAAAUGAUUAUAGGAAUAGACGUCCAAGGACAGCAGUAGAGCUAUUUAAUAAUAGACACUCUUCUGUUAGGAAUGUCAUAGAGCGCAGUUUUGGUUCUUUGAAGAAGCGCUUUCCAAUUCUCAGCAAAAUGCCAUGUUUUCCACUGAACACCCAAACAUGCAUCGUCAUUGCUUGUUGUGCACUUCACAACUUCAUUCGGGAGGAAGAAAUUGCAGACAAGAAUUUUAAGGAGUUUGGUGAAAAUUGGUGGAAUGAGGAGCCUGAAGAAAUUCAAGAUUAUGUACCACCGGCUCACAUUAGUAUAAGCUUAGCAGAAAGAAGAAGACAGAUGGAUGAUCUUAGGAAAAAGAUUGCAAAUGAGUUAGCUGUUAAAGCCGGAAUGGCUCAAAUUACAUGAUUACAUUUUGAUGAUUGGAUUUAAACUUUGAAGUAGUGGGGCAUGUUUUGCAGUUAAGAAUUAAGUUGGAAGACCUAAUUUAUGCCCUUAAGUUCAUAAUUAGAUACUUUAAGAAUUAUGUCAAUACUUGAAUUUAUUCUUGUUCAUACUUUUAUGUUAUUAUGAUAGAUCAUAUUUUUGUUGAAACA